AUGUCUUCCUCCUCAAUGAGCAAACUCAGCAAUCUCUUCCGAUCAAGCGCCGCCAACAAGCCACCCAAACCCACCUCCUCUCCUAAGCCUCCAAAGCCCACCUCAGAGUCCUCCAAACCCCCCGCUAAAACCCCAGAGCCUUCCUCAACUCAACCCCCCAAGAAAUUCAAACGGCUUGCAGAAAAACUUAAGAUUGCUUCCUCAUCCGACAAGUUUCGUAUAUACAGGGUCAACAAUUAUGUCCGUCGACUCGCUGCUGCCAAUCAGCACUCACUCAUCGAACAAGCUGUGCAGCAACAGGAGCCACUAAGAGAUGGUAAUGAUGAUGAUGAAGUGUAUAGGACUAGACUCAUGGCUAGUUAUGGACGAGGCGGUAUGUUUGAUAAGGCACUCCAACUGUUUGAUGAAAUGUCUGAGAAGAGUUGUAGGUCUUUUAAUGGCCUUCUUGCUGCUUGUGUGUAUGCUAGGAAAUUUGACAUGACUGAGCAGCUGUUCAGGGAGUUACCUGAGAAGUAUGGUUUUGAGGUUGAUCUUGUUUCGUAUAAUAUACUUGCGCGUUCGUAUUGUCAGUCGGGUUCGUUGGAUUUGGCUUUAGGAGUGAUUGAGAAGAUGGAGAGUAAUGGGUUUCAACCGGAUUCGGUCACAUUUAAUACUCUGCUGGUCGGGUUGUAUCGGGAUAAGAAGAUAGUUGAAGCUGAGAAGUUGUGGUCGAUAAUGGAAAGCAAAAAUAUUGCUCCGACUGUAAGGAGUUAUGACCCAAAGAUUAAUUAUUUGAUUGAGACCGAUCAGAUUGAAGAAGCUGUUAUAGCAUUUGAUAAAAUGAGGAGUAGAGAUAUAAAACCCGAUAGACUUAGCUAUUAUUUGCUCAUCAAAGGUUUUUGUGGAAAAGGAAAUUUAGAAGAGACAAAGAAGUGGUAUGAGAAGCUAUCACUAGAUAUGGUUCGUCCUGAUCGUCGGAUAAUUAAAAUGGUUCUCCCAUUUGUGUGUGAGAAAGGUGACCUUGAUUAUGCUGUCAAGCUGGCUAAGGAUUCUGUCAAGUGGAAAUGCAUUGUUAAUGUAAAAGUACUGCAGGAUGUGGUUGAUAAACUGGUCAAGGAGUCGAAGAUUGACGAGGCGAAGGAUCUUAUAGCUUUGACUAAUUAUCUUCAUUACUACAACAAGAACCUGAAACUUCCAGUUGCGUAG